GACGAGGAAGACGUCGACGCCGACGCCGAGGCUCGCCGCGUUCCGCGCGCGCGCGCGCUCUUCGUCCUCUUCCGCUUCCGCUUCCAUUUCCGUUUCCUCUUCCUCCGGGCGUUUGGCCUCAUUCCACGUGCAAGAAGACGAUCGUCGUUCGGGGAGACGGCGGCGGCCACGCUCGCCCGGUAAGCGAAUCAUCCGGGUAGCCCUCGUCAAGCUUUCUUUGGCGAAUGACGCCAAUGACGCAACCCCGCCGCGGGUGUGCGUCAUUCACCAAACGACAACGAGGUGACCCCGGUGGAAAGAAGAAGAAGAAGAGAAGACCCGCUCAAAGAAUCCCGCGGACCCUCAGUGGAAACCAAGUUGGCGUUGCGGCCGCCGGAAGUGGCCUUGCGGCCUCUUUCGGCUUGAGCACCUGCGCGGGUGCGCGCUCACAACUCGCGGCCAAUUAGCGAUUUAGCACAACUUUGCUUCGAUUUGGAUCACAUCCACGCGUCUAGACGCACGCAGAGAAACGCGGCCAUGCAGCUACACACGCACACACACACUCAUGUCAGUGGAUCGUUACUGUCACAGAGUGUGUGCCCCCCACCCCCGUCCCCUGACGGGUCACGGGGGGGGCUCGAGCAAAGUUUUGGAAGCACGCGGACUCAUCUAGGAACCGAGGCCGCAGACCUGCUUCCACGUCAUCGUGGCCCUGAGGCUUCUGCGAAAACCGACGACAACCGCAGUGACCCUGGAGUGUCCGAGCCAAGAUGGAGGCGCCAGCCGUCUCUCGUCUUUGGUCAGCGCCCGUCUCGCCGCCAUGUCCCCGCCGAUCCGCUGGUGUCUGCUGCCGCUGCUUCUGGGCGCUGUGGCGGCGCGGGCCGCUCGCAUGGACCCGCAUCCCGAACUCAGGAAAAUCCUGGAGGACAUCGCCAAAGAUGUGGAUCUGAAGAGCAUGAACAUCAGCACUCACCCUCCCUUCAUCGGCGUCAUCAGGAGCAUCAAAGCGUGUCAGAACCGAGAGGAGGUCAGGCUGAUGAAGGCCACGUUGCACGUCUACGUGGACAUCUUGGAGAGCAUCCUGCGCAACGCCACCCUGCUGAGGGCCGUGCCCGACCCGGCCAGGCGGGAGCAGCUCGGGCGCAACGUGGACCACCUGACCAAGAAGAUGCGCCGCCUCAGCGCCGAUCUGGCCCGCCCGCGUUGCCCCGACACCGGCGAUGUCCUCCAUCAGCUCGCGCAGCUCAAGGUGGACGACAUGACGUUCCAAAAGAGGGCGCUCUCUCAGUUCCUGGAGGUGUACAACAUGGCAACCGUGAUUGGCUCUCGUGCUUUGGCCCCGCCCGCCGAGGCCUCGCCAUGAAUCUUUUUCAGCUUUUUGAUUUUUUUUUUUUUUUUCCCGAUCCUCCUAAUUUAUUGCUUUAUUUAAUUCCCUCCUGCACUUUAAUUUAUUCUCGCUAGUGGAAGGCGCAGGAACAUGUUGGGUGUUGAUGUUGAACAUCCUCUUUUUAUUGUGUGUGUGUGUGUGUGUGUAUUCAUCGAAAUGCUGGUAAUAAAAGCCCACGUCCAAAGCUCA